AUGAACCACCACCUCGACAACAACCACCAACAGUUGCAGCAGCUUCAGAACCGACGUACCUUGACGAACACUCCUGCUACUCGUCAUCGCCCCCACGUCCCAAACAUCAACAACAUCCAUGAGAAUGAACUAGCAGAUGGACGUAAUCUUAUCCAGGGGAUGCUCACCCAGAUCAAGGAGCUGUACAAGGAUGUGAUCACCUUGACAGAGGAGCGCAACCAGCUCAAGAUCGACUAUGCAGUCCUCCAGAGGGAGACUUCAGACCUCAAACGACAGGUCGCCAACUUUCAAACGAUGGAGCAACAGCGUCAGAAGGCCGAGGAGGACAAACGUAAGGUUGCGCCUGUUCAGAGUGCGAUGAAGGGGUUGACACUUCACCUUGAAAGCUCACAGGAGCGUGUAACAGGAGAAAGAAGGUGA